AUGUUUAAGCAAACGUUUGUGAUUCUAGCUCAUGAUAGCAAAUCAUCGGCUAGCAAAAUAAUUCCCCCAGUGAAGCUAGCAUAUAAGAAUAUGCUAAAAGAUCCUUCAGUUAAGUAUCAACCUUUUAUAAGACCAACAAUGAAGGAAAGGGCUUGGCCUGACAAAACUAUCAAAAAAGCACCACGUUGGCUUUCUACUGAUUUAAGAGAUGGUAAUCAGUCGUUACCAGAUCCAAUGAAUAUUGAACAAAAAAAGGAGUACUUUCAUAAAUUAGUCAAUAUUGGUUUUAAGGAAAUUGAAGUUUCCUUUCCAUCAGCUUCUCAGACGGAUUUUGAUUUCACUAGAUACGCAGUGGAAAAUGCCCCUGAGGAUGUUACCAUUCAAUGUUUAGUUCAAUCUCGUGAUCAUCUUAUCAAAAGAACAGUUGAAUCUCUAACUGGUGCCAAGAGAGCUAGCAUUCAUACCUAUCUAGCAACUAGUGAUAUGUUCCGUAGUAUAGUUUUUGACAUGUCAAAAGAAGAAGCUAUCAAAAAAGCUGUCGAAGCUACUAAAUUAGUCAGAAAGUUAACGAAGGAUGAUCCUAAACAACAGGGAACUCGUUGGUCAUAUCAGUUCUCUCCAGAAUGUUUCAGUGAUACUCCAGUUGAAUUUGCUGUCGAAAUUUGCGAGGCGGUGAAGGAGGCCUGGGAACCAACAGUUGAAAACCCUAUCGUAUUCAAUCUACCAGCUACUGUAGAAGUGGCUAUGCCAAAUAUCUAUGCUGAUCAAAUUGAAUAUUUUUCAAAUCAUAUUUCAGAGCGUGAAAAGGUUUGCAUAUCAACACAUACACAUAACGAUCGUGGUUGUGGUGUUGCUGCUACUGAAUUAGGUUUACUAGCCGGAGCUGAUCGUGUUGAAGGUUGUAUAUUUGGUAACGGUGAACGUACUGGUAAUGUUGACCUAGUAACCGUCGCUUUAAACAUGUAUACACAAGGUGUUUCUCCAAAUCUGGAUUUCUCUGAUAUUAAAUCCUUAAUCGAAGUUGUUGAACGUUGUAACAAGAUUCCUGUCGCCGCUAGAGCUCCAUAUGGUGGUGAUCUAGUAGUAUGCGCAUUCUCUGGUUCUCAUCAAGAUGCUAUCAAGAAAGGGUUUGCUCUACAAGAAAAAAGACGUGCUGCAGGUGAUAAUUUCUGGAAAAUCCCAUACUUACCACUUGAUCCUAAGGACAUUGGCCGUGAUUAUGAAGCUGUUAUCAGAGUCAAUUCCCAAUCCGGAAAGGGCGGUGCAGCAUGGGUUAUUUUAAGGGCAUUAGGUUUAGAUUUACCAAGAAAUAUGCAAAUCGAAUUCUCUAACAUUGUCCAAGAGCAUGCUGAUAGUCUAGGAAAAGAACUUCAAUCUGAAGAAAUCACUGGCUUAUUCAAGAAUGUCUACAAUCACAACAACGAAGUGAGCAGCUAUAUUUCAUUAUUAGAUUACGAUGUUAAGAAGGUGGAUACUGAACGUAGAAUUUUAACCGGUCAAGUUGAGAUUGCUGGUCAAGUUGUUUCCAUUGAAGGUACAGGUAAUGGUCCAAUUUCAUCUCUGGUAGAUGCAUUAUCUAACUUGUUGAACGUAAAAAUUGGUGUUGCUAAUUAUGCUGAGCAUUCUAUUGGCUCUGGUUCAACUACUCGUGCUGCUUCGUAUGUCCAUUUAACAUAUAGACGCGAUAGCAAUAAUGAAAAAUCUUAUCAAUGGGGUGUUGGUAUAAGUGAGGAUGUCUCCGAUGCUUCAAUCAAGGCGAUUUUAUCAACUGUUAAUAACAUAAUUCACUCAACAGAAAUCAGUCUACCUUCUGUUUUAGAAUCUAAACAUGCAGGCACUGCCUAA